UAACAGCAUGAGGUGUACCUCCAAUCAAGCCGUGUUGCCCCUAGGGGUAGUCCUACUAGCUGUUAUUUUGUCUACGGAGAGGUUUCUGGUGUCUGCUUCCCCUAGCCAGUGUCCCGUGUCAGCGGCAGGCCUUCCUCAAUUUGUGGAUAAGAUCGAGGGCCGUUGUUCGCCAUGUACGACGAGGGUGUGUGAGGUAUACCGCCGCAGUUUACCAGAGCCUUGUAUCUGCGCAUGUGUCACAGACUUCCCGAAUGGGGAUUACAGUGAAACCCAGAAAACCCAGUGUGAGAGACAUCCUCCAGAGGAUUCCGCACCGCCGUUUAGUUAUCGGAGUACCAUCAUAUGGCUCAGUUGCCUUACACCCAUUGCAGUUGCUGUCGCAGGGCUGGCCCUCAGCAGACUAAGGCUCCGGGGAUCAACUACAACUCGGGAAAACGUGCCGCUAAUGCCACCUGAUCACACAGUUGAUCAUAAUGUCAACAGAACUGAUGACACCGAGCUCACUGCCACACCUCCACCCGUGCCUGCUCCCACCCCAGCCCCAGGGAUAUCAGGUUCUACCCCAUCCAUUACACAAGGACAUGUCAUUAAGGAUAGUGAAUCGAAGAGCCAUAGCGUGACGUCACCACCGCGUGACACCAGAGUCCCAGAACAGGAGAGUCAGAGUAACGGAGACCCGGGUCACGUGGACAUAGAUUUGGACCGAACACCUCACAAAAGCUCACAGAGUAGCAGAGGAGAGAACCCUGCUGGGGUACCUGAAGAAGGUCCAUACACUCCAAAAGAGGGCGUGCCGGGUCACGACCACAGGCUCAGAGAGAGCUGAUAGAUGACGUGUAAGGCCUACUCAGCAAGCCCGUGCAAGGCGCACUACCUACACCCAGGGGAACCCGCCCAAUGACCUGUCCAGGACCUAGGGUGAAGCUGUCAGAUGUUUUGUCUAAACUUUAACAGUUUACUGGGCUAAACUUGUGACUUUCCACAAGUAUAUUUCAACACUUACACUUGACAAAACUGAAAAAAAGGAAGGUUCAAACCUGUCAUAGGUUAAGACUAGGUCGGGCUUAAGUAAGUCUAAAGCACGUUACCCUGGUUCAGGGCUCGUUUUCACGAAAGUUCUUAAUUUGUUUGUCUAAGCGAAAGUUUUUGUGAUUAAUGGAGAAAGUCUAAAGAAGCACAUAUGUUAGACUUGGGCAGGGAAUUGCAAACUUUGCCAACAGUUUACUGAACUUAGGAAGUUUCUUGAAACCGGGCCCGGAGCUCUUAGGGAAGAACGGUCUGGUUCUGCGUUCUGCAGCCAAGCACGUAUGCAGGACGGUCAAACACCCAGGCAAUCAACCAGCCCACCUGUUAGCCAGCGGGACGGACAUUCAUACAGACAGGCAAUCAAUUAGCCAGCCAGCCAGCCAGACGGACGGACGGACGGCCAUACAGACCGACAGUCAAACAUCCAGCAAGCCAGCCGGACAGACUUUCACACAGAAAGGUAACUAACCAGCCAUACAGGCAGCCAGCCGGACAGACAGCAAUACAGACAGACAGUCAAACAGCCAGCCAGCCGGACGGACAGUCACACAGAAAGGUAACUAACCAGCCAGUCUGGCAGCCAGCCGGACGGACAGUCAUACAGAAAGGUAACUAAUCAGCCAGUCAGGCAGCCAGUGGGACGGACAUUCACACAGACAGGCAAUCAACCAGACAGCCAGGCGGACGGACGGCCAUACAGACCGACAGUCAAACAGCCAGCCAGCCAGCCAGCCGGAUGGACAGUCACACAGAAAGGUAACUAACCAGCCAGUAACUAAGGCAGCCAGCCGAACAGACAGUCAUACAGACAGAGCGGAGGAUGUUGGCAGAUAAUGCAGCCACGGAGAGUGGUCGAACACACUGAUGUUUGUAACUGUAUCACACACUUUCACACAUUAUCACUGACAUGCAUACGUAUAGUGUUGGAAUCAUUAAUAUCAAAAUUAUUUUACUCUAAAUCGAUUCCUUAGUUUAUUAUAAUUACA